AUGGCCUAUCAAGGGUCUGGCGCGCAUUCACCCAAGUACGAAGAUGGUCAUGGGUUGCAGGAUGUGCCUGCCUCCCAGUAUCGUGAAGAUGAGGAUGCAUCCCGAGGCCUCCUCUCUCACCAACAAGGCCCUUUCGCAACGCCCUUUGACGAUCCUCACUCCCGGGGAGUCUCGCCCGUGCGCCCCGCAUCGGGUUACAGCCUGACCGAGACCUACGCUACCGAAUCAUCCCCGAAUUACCAGGACCCUUACGCGACAGGCUCUGUGUACUCCGGCCAUUCCGAAAGCCCCGCUGCAGCUUUCGGUGUACCCGGUAGAGCCGCGUCUCCAUAUGCCCGAAGCGAAACCUCGUCCACCGAGGCCUGGCGCCAGCGACAAGCACCCGGUGGUGGACCCGGUGGUGGUGCUGGCGGCGGUAACCUGCGCCGAUAUGCCACGCGCAAGGUCAAGCUGGUUCAAGGCUCUGUCCUGAGUGUGGACUACCCGGUGCCCAGUGCUAUUCAGAAUGCCAUCCAAGCCAAGUAUCGUAACGACCUGGAAGGCGGUAGCGAGGAGUUCACGCAUAUGCGAUAUACCGCCGCGACAUGCGAUCCCAACGAGUUUACUCUCCACAACGGUUACAACCUGCGGCCAGCGAUGUAUAACCGGCAUACCGAGCUUUUGAUCGCCAUCACCUACUACAACGAGGACAAGACCCUGACCGCUCGUACACUCCAUGGUGUGAUGCAAAACAUUCGUGAUAUUGUGAAUAUUAAAAAAUCCGAGUUCUGGAACAAGGGUGGACCCGCAUGGCAGAAGAUCGUCGUUGCACUAGUGUUCGACGGUAUCGAUCCUUGCGACAAAGAUACUCUGGAUGUUCUGGCCACCGUGGGUAUUUACCAGGAUGGUGUCAUGAAGCGUGAUGUUGACGGAAAGGAGACUGUGGCGCAUAUCUUCGAAUACACGACCCAGCUGUCCGUCACACCUAACCAGCAGCUCAUUCGUCCGACCGACGAUGGACCAAGCACUCUCCCCCGCAAGAAGAUCAACUCUCACCGCUGGCUUUUCAAUGCUUUUGGUCGUAUUCUGAACCCAGAGAUCUGUAUCCUGUUGGAUGCUGGAACCAAGCCCGCCCCGAAGUCUCUGCUGUACCUCUGGGAGGCUUUUUACAACGAUAAGGAUCUGGGUGGUGCUUGUGGUGAGAUUCACGCUAUGUUGGGCAAGGGCUGGCGCAAUUUGAUCAACCCCUUGGUGGCAGGGCAGAACUUCGAGUACAAGAUCAGUAACAUCUUGGACAAGCCCCUCGAGAGUUCAUUUGGCUACGUCAGUGUCUUGCCAGGUGCGUUCUCUGCGUACCGGUUCCGCGCCAUCAUGGGGCGUCCACUGGAGCAAUAUUUCCAUGGUGACCACACCUUGUCCAAACAACUGGGUAAGAAGGGUAUCGAAGGUAUGAACAUCUUCAAAAAGAAUAUGUUCUUGGCCGAGGACCGUAUUCUUUGUUUCGAGUUGGUCGCCAAGGCCGGCUCCAAAUGGCAUCUGUCGUACGUGAAGGCUUCCAAGGCCGAAACUGACGUACCUGAAGGUGCUGCAGAAUUCAUCUCGCAGCGUCGUCGUUGGUUGAAUGGAUCGUUUGCAGCCGGUAUCUAUUCACUGAUGCAUUUUGGUCGUAUGUACAAAAGUGGGCACAACAUCAUCCGCAUGUUCUUCCUACACAUCCAGAUGUUGUAUAACAUCUUCAACACCAUUCUCACCUGGUUCUCGCUUGCCUCCUACUGGCUGACGACCACCGUCAUCAUUGACCUGGUCGGCACCCCCAGUGAAAGCAACAAGGAAUCGGCAUUCCCAUUUGGCAAGACCGCAACACCCAUCGUGAACACCAUCAUCAAGUAUGUAUACUUGGGAUUCUUGCUGCUUCAAUUCAUCCUUGCGCUCGGCAACCGUCCCAAGGGCUCCAAGUUCUCGUACCUGGCUUCCUUUAUCGCAUUCGGUAUCAUCCAGGUGUACAUUGUGGUCGACUCUCUCUAUCUGGUGAUUCGCGCCUUUGGUGGAGGUGCGCCGAUGGACUUUACGACCGAUCAGGGUGUGGGGGCUUUCCUCAAGUCGUUCUUCGGCUCCUCUGGUGCAGGUAUCAUUAUUAUUGCUUUGGCUGCUACCUUUGGCCUCUAUUUCGUCGCGUCAUUUAUGUAUGCCGAUCCAUGGCACAUGUUCACCUCUUUCCCCGCCUACAUGGUCCUGCAGUCCUCUUAUAUCAACAUCCUCAACGUCUAUGCUUUCAGCAACUGGCAUGAUGUGUCCUGGGGUACCAAGGGUUCCGAUAAGGCUGAUGCACUGCCAUCUGCUACGACGACCAAGGAGGAGGGUAGUAAAGAGGCGGUCAUAGAGGAAAUUGACAAGCCGCAAGCCGAUAUCGACAGUCAGUUCGAAACCACGGUCAAGCGUGCGCUCACCCCCUAUGUUGCACCUGUGGAGCACGACGAGAAGUCUCUGGAAGAUUCGUACAAGAGCUUCCGUACUCGUCUCGUCACCUUCUGGAUUUUCAGUAAUGCCUUCCUUGCGGUCUGCAUUACCAGUGAAGCGGUGGAUAAGUUCGGAUUCACGAACACUGCUACUGUUCGUACUGCCCGUUUCUUCCAGGCCCUUUUGUGGUCCAAUGCCAUCAUGGCCCUGUUCCGCUUCAUCGGUGCCUGUUGGUUCCUGGGCCGCACCGGUAUUAAGUGCUGCUUCGCACGCCGGUAG